AUGGCCUUGAAUUUUCAUCAAAUGAAUGGUGCUCUCUUCGCUCUACAUGUGAAACACUUGUUCUCUGUGGCCUACCACCCCCAGUCCAAUGGAGUGGUAGAGCGUAGCAACAGAGCUGUGAAAGAUGCACUGGCAGCACUGGUUCAGCGUGCACCAUCUCAGUGGCCCAUACAUCUGCCUGCUGUCCGCCUUGCCCUAAAUACGGCUAUUCACCGCUCUGUUGGAGACCAACCUCUCUACCUACUGACAGGCAGAAUGGCUCUGUUUGCCAAGGGGCUUACAAACGACCAGACUCCAGACGAGGGACUCAUGGUGAAGCGCUUGUCAGAUGCACGUCGUCUGGCUGUCGAAGUAAGCCUGAAGACACGUGAAACCAACAAGGCUUAUUACGACCAAAGAGCAAAGGCCACUCCAACUUUUGAACAAGGUUCUCUUGUGGUUCGGAAAGUCGAAGGUACCAGAAGGCCUCUGGGUGAUCGUUGGUUGGGACCAUGUCGUAUUGUGAGACAGCUGGGACUUGUGACAUUUGAUGUGCUCGACCUUCAAGAACCCUACCGUGCCGUCAGGGUGCAUGCCAACCAGCUGAAACCCUACCUUCCACCCUCUGAGCUGGACUUUGCAGAAGAGGCGAACCAGCUUCCUCGACCCGUACCAGUCGUGGCCAGUUCAUCUGUUGUGACACUUAUCGACGAGUUAACCAGUGAAAGGCUUUCUAGUGAUCGUGUCCAUGAAGCAGUGACGUCUAGUGAUCGUGUCAGUGAUAUCGCGCUCUAG